AUGAAAAGAAAAUCUUCAAAACGUCGUUGUACUAGACCAAAUCAUACAACGAAUAAUGAUAUCAAUGCUUCAAAUACCGAAAUUCAAGCGAACGUACCACAAAACGAGCCAGCAAUAGUGCGAAACGAAUCAUAUGAACAAGCUGAAAACAGUACACAAACAUCAGCAAUAAAUAUUGCUUUUUCAAAUACUACAUCUUCAACACAAACUCCCACAAAUACUAAUGAAAGCAAUCAAACAUUGCAAACAUAUCAAAACGCAAUGUUAAUAAACAUCAAUGAAAUCAAUACUGAUUUAAACUUUAUUUGGAAGAUACACGCAACUGUCACAUCUGUAUAUCCAAAGCGAAAUUACACCAAUUCUCAUAGUGUAGGAGAAAUAUCAUGUUGGGAUUUAAAAGAUAAUUCAGGAUCAAUAACUCUAGCAGCUUUUAAUCUGAAUUCACAUAUUAUGUCUGAUUUAUUACAAAUGAAUCAGACAUAUGAAUUCAGCAAUCUGUCUGUUCGAUUAGCUUCCGAUUCUUUCAAAACAUUGGCACAUUCUUAUCAAUUAGUUUGUACUAACACCACAGUCGCAACUCAAAUAACAUCAACACCAUAUGAUGAAACACCAACAUUUAAUUUUGUUCAUCUGAUACAAAUUGCAGAUUUACCAUUAAAUUCAAUUAUAGACGUACAAGCUAAUGUCGUACGUGAUUUUGGCAUUUCAACGGGAGUGAGAAAUGCUUCAGUGUGGACUCGACGAUACCUUCAUAUAACUCAGGAUGGUAUACAGACAGGCCUAACCUUAUGGAAUGAUCAAGCACGCUUAAUUGAUCAUAAUAUGACUGGUUUACAAAUUAAAUUGAAAAAUGUAAAAAUUUCAAGCUUCGAUGGUACACAAUCACUCUUUACUUUGCCUAAUACCCAUCUAUCAACUUCAUAA